AUGAGGGAUAUAUUGAGAUUCACCAUACCUGGUAGUGAUCAGAAAACAUUUGGUGGAAAGACAUUAGUAUUGGACGGUGAUUUUAGACAGAUUCUUCCAGUUAUUCCAAAAGAAACGAGACCAAUGGUUGUGGGAGCCACUAUUAAUUCUUCAUACCUCUGGAGGAAUUGCAAGGUAUUGAGACUCACGAAGAACCUGAGACUACAGAGCUUAGCUUCAAACAAAGAUAGACAGACAGUUGAUUGGUUCUCAAGAUGGAUUGCAGACAUCGGAGAUGGGAUUACAGGGUUUGUAAACAAUGAUUUGUUUGAGAUCGAUAUUCCACCAAGGUUUAUGUUGAAGUGUGGACCUGAUCCAAUUGCAACUAUAAUUGAAAGCAUCUUCCCAACCGCGAAGUAUAGAAUGCUAGAAGAGUCGCACCUAGAAGGACAAGUGAUCCUCUCACUGACUUUAGAUGUUGAUCAAAUUAAUCAGUAUAUGUGUGACAUGAACACUGCAGAAGGUCAGACAGUCACUCAUCCUGAUGGCCUUAAGGUUUUAGAUCUAAACGAGGAUGGACAAACUUCUGUUACUACUACUAAUGUCGUCUACAUAGAGAUUUUCAACAAUGUGUAA